AUGCCGUCGCCCUCGCCUGUUGCGGGUCUAUGGUGCUAUCGGUGCGACAACAACGCUCGUGAAAGUCCUCAGGCAUUUGCUGCUUUACUCCACUGGGCCGCCGAUAAAACAGCUUGUCCUUUAAGAUGGUUGCCAGUGAUCUACAGAACCUUCGACCUUCCAGGGGCCUUGAGCUCGGAAGAGGAGCGGAAGAUGAGAGGAAGAGGAGAGGAGGAGGAGAGGAGGGGGGAGGAGGAGGAGGAGGAGGAGGAGGAGGAGGAGGAAGGGAGACACCCCGCUGCACUUCACCCUGACACGCUCUACAGAGGAGUGUUCCACAGCACACGUGUUUGCGAAGCCUUCCUAGAACGCAGGCUGGCAGGGCCCUGGAUCCCUGUGAACCAAAUCAACGAAGUGCAGGGCUUAGUGGUAAAUUCCCGUGCUGUUGAAGCUGGGUUCUAUCGGCUGUCGGAGAGCCUGACGUGCAGCAGGUGGGACUUCUUCAUGGCCGCCCGGGUCCGGAUCCACAGCGCGAGGAUCAACCCAGGCCUGGAUGCACAAGGGCGUGAGCUUCCCAAGCCUGACCUCCAAGCCUGGUUCGGCCUCGCUCGCACCCGCUGCAUGGCAAAACACUUGAAGGAGGCUUUGCCUGGGAAGAAGAGCCCAUACCAGACGGAUGACCUGGGCCUCUCGAUGUACACGUGCCCGCCAACCGAAGAGUUGAGCGUACGCGAGUUAGAGGAUAUCACUGUGAACCGACUGAAACUGCUGCAGCUGGCGCGGGACCUGCGUGAAGCUGGCCUCUACUUAGCUUCCCCCAGACCGGAGCGUGCAAAAGGAUUCUUGGUCGAGAAGGCCCAGCUUCAACGUCGGGACAGAGUUUCUCACUUCGCUUUGAAGCUGGGAUUCCGCGAGUCGAACGAGGCUCGAGAGUGGCUGCUGAAACGCAGCGAUUGUUUCGUCUUCUGUUUCGAGGGACUGCGCGUGGAUGCAAAGGUGCUGCAGAGGUACACCGUUGGCGCAAAGACUUGGAGACAGGGAGAUCGGCGUCCCGAGUACGAGCAGGCCUUCUACGAGAUACCUUUCACGGAGGUCGUUAGGGCGACCUCUUUGAAGCUGAUCGUAGCCAAGAAGUUCAAGGGCCUCCUGGCGCUGAGUUUGGACGCGGCCUUCCAACCGGCCUUGGCUGAGGCAGCCGAAGGAGUCGCCCCAGGAAUCCGGCCAAACUUCGACGAGAUGCUGUCCCUCCCGAUGCUGCCCCUUUGCAUGCGGCGGCUCUUUGAAAGACAGCGUCAGGAUCGGAAGCACUUGAAGUUCGAAGGAAGGCUGCAGCUACGGGCCUUCCGGAAGGAAUGCGGUUUCUCCUUCGAGGCAUGCUCGACGACAAUCGAUUCCCAGAAGUUCGAGAAGCACUACAUGUAUGACUCAUACAUGCAGAGCUUCUCGAACUUCUGGGCAUUGAUUGUCGUCGAGCAUGCCUGCGAGAAGAAGGGACACAAUCAAGAACUUCACUGCUGCGGCUGCCCAAAGCUCAUCGGCUUGCCUGGCGAAGAGUGUUGGCCAGGUUCGCGGAUGUCCCUUGAAGCAGACGGACCCGGGGUCCCUGCGUCAACAGCUGCCAAGGUUGGGAACUUUUUUCAUGCAAAGUUUUGUGAAUAUCACAAGAUGAAGGAGGCUGACCUCAAGACCCUCUGCGUCGGGACCUUUGCGGGGCAGCGCCGGUGUGGGUGA